UGCGUGUAGUUUCAGUGUCGAUUAGAGGAAACGGAAGAUGCAGAAAAUAACAAGAAUAUUGUGUUUUUCGAGUAUAUUUUUCAGCCUUGCAUUACAAAGCGACGGCAUCGAAGCAAUUCCUCCGAAGAAAGGCGUGCAGUCGUUUUAUAAAGCUUUAGGUGCUGCCGAAGUGACGUCACACCGUGUACCACGUGAUAUUCCCGAUGAUUGUUCGAAUAUUCGAAACCAAAGUCUUGACGUCACAGUUUCGGCGGGCGAGAAUUUUAAAGCUGUUUGUAGCUGCGUAGGUGAAGUGCAAUGGGCGAUCGGCAAUUGUUCUAAUUUCAUCGAAUUAACCACACAAGAAUACAAUUGGGAGAAUUAUGCGACCGAAGUCACAAUAUAUUGUAUGACUGGAACCCUACAGAAUGGAGACUUGUGCGUACAACGGUUCAUGUAUGCCGAACCUACUGGCCUACCCAUUGGAAUACAAGGCUUUCUAAUAUUCAUAUGUGUAUCAGUCGUAGCAAUAUCGAGUCUUUUCGUUGCUAAGAAAUACAAGUCCCAGAUCUCACUGACGUGCAGAGAUUCAUGUUCGCCAACCACCGAUGAUGAUGGAAAAGAGUUUGACGCCUACGUAUCAAUCGCUAAAACCGACAGCGAUAAGAAAUUUGUUCAACGGAACUUCUUAGAAGCGUUGCAAAAGGAAUAUCGGUACAAGUUUCUGGUGGACGAAGAUAAUCUGUUGCCUCGAUUAGAAUAUUCCGAUUUAGUCCAAGAAAAGAUUCACAGAUGUCGUCGAUUAAUGAUCGUGUUCACCGCCGCUUACAUGACAAAUGACUGGUGCAUGUAUUGCUUUUCGGAAGGUCUCCGGAAACUUCUCGAACUAAACAUUCCUCUCAUUUUUAUCUUUAAUGACGUCACAAUAGUUCGAGAACUCAACUCAUACCAGCCACUAGUAGGUCACGUACCGAAGCUUUUGGUGUCUCUGGUCCAAACGACCACAGAGCAAGCCGCAACUCUGCGGAAGAUUCGACUCCUUCUUCCCGCGGCACGUAAUGGAAAUCACUCGAUCACCAAAGGCAUGAGGUCGCCCAUGUUGAGUGAUGCUGAGGACAUGGACCAUAAGUCAAUUCGUGCAGACAACGAAUCUUAUGGUGGAACAGAAACGAAAUACACAUUUGGAAAAACCCCGGCAGAUCAUGCUGACGACAUCGUUAUGGAUGACGUCAUCGAUGGAAAUGAUGAAAUGCAAUUCGAUGAUGAGAUUAACAGCACAGACCCCAACUCCAUACAAGUGCAUCAUUACCAACCACGUAAAGACUUUUACAGCAUCACAGCAUCCAACAUGUGACGGGUAUGAAUUCCAGUUUGAUAAUCCUGCGCGCUCGACCGUGAAAUGACGUCAUCAAUACCCGUCAUCAACGAAAUUUGUAUGAUCAAGUUCAGCGUACACGAACGACCGGUUUUCAGUGGCGGCUAAAUAGACGUCGCCCUUGUAAUCUGAAGUUUCAUUCGAGUUCCAGUUUUCAUUAUAGUUUACGCUGUAAUCGUCUAUCCCAGCAUACACUCCUUCUGCUACCCCCUCGAACCCCUUUGGUUCGACGUCGCUAGCGGUGCUAUAGGGCGAGGCCUCCGCUAUCACGUCACGUGAUUUGUGACGUCCAAGUUUCAUCCUCAAAGUUGACACAGAGGACGCUAGAGUGCCAAGACUUAAUUUCUUCUUUUUCGGGGUCUCUUUAGCCCCUCCUACCGACUCGGUGAAGCUGGGUAAUUACACAGUUAAUGUGAUUUCUAUAUAUAUAAAUGUGUUUUAAUCAUAUCAUAACCUAAACCGGAUAUUUUAACCACGGAGAACGUUUGUGUAUAUACACCCAAACUUGCUGAUUCAUUCCCCGCUUGCGUCACGGCAUUUAUCUCUGUGUACCUUGACCGCCAUUAAACGAAAAACCGCAGUUUU